UGCGUAGGCCUGCAGCUUCUCCUUGUUUUCAUUUUCAAAUCUCAGUUAAAAGAUUGCUAAAAAUACAGAAAAUGCUUUCCUACUAUUGACAUUUUAAGAAACUGACAUGUUUCACUAAAGGCAGUUAUGCUAUUCCAAAUGGGGUGGCAUUCAGUGAGCACAGGCACUCAUGAUAUAUAGAUAGAUAUGUGCCCAAAUGAUACCAAAAAUAAAGUUUGUGAUUCCCAAAGACAUUUGUGAGCAUUUUCAGUGUGGUUCAAAAGUAAGUGUACACUAACAGUAAUCCUUGUGAAUGUUACGGGCAGAUUACAUUUUACCGGAAUAGCAGACUGCAGUUAAGCAACACAUCCUUAACACAAAUGAGAAGAAAAGGAGAGCAAUAUUAAAUAAUUUUAUCUUUGGUAUUCUGGACACUGAAUGUUGACAUAUCAGGUAUGGACUCCAUUUUAUGACUGUAUAUCAAAAGCUGAAAUAAAGAAGAUUAAGCACUGAAGGCUUGAAGAACAGUAUUAUUAUUCAUUAACUAUAGCAAGCCCCAGUAACUGUGAAAUUUGGAACUGCCAAUGGAGGAUCACCAAUCUUACUCCAAAUUUAUACAUUUUAAAAAUUACAUUUGAAAGAACUAUUGAUUAGUUACAUGCAUGUCAAUUCUAGGUAAAAUACUGAAGAAUUUUGGACUUGAGCAAGAAAAAAUGUUUAGAGGCUAAAGCUGUAACUACAGUAAUCAACAUAAAGAUAAAUCUUGUCAAAUUAUUAUUUUUUGACUAGAUCAUAGAUGUGUUUAAACAGGAAAAUGUAGAAGGAUAGUUGUUGUUGUUGUUUUAAGGCUCUAAGUAUUACCUUGUUAAGCACUUACUUUAUUUGAAAAUAAUAGAGAAUAUAUUAUGUGUGCUAAGCCUGGACUAAUAAAUUUUAAAUAUUAGUAAUGAGAAGAUGUAAUUAAGUGGUAUUUCUAGGAAGGAUCCCCCUAUGAAUAAGUUCUUGAUUUGGUUUAUUUAGUACUUUUGUCAGUUAUAUAAACAAUGCUGUAAUGUUUUUGGUAGUAAAGUUUAUAGAUGAAAUGAAAAAAGAACAAGGUCAAAAAGGUUGCUAUUUCAGAGCAAGCUGGGUAGUCUGCUUUAACAAUUUAAGUUAACCACUAUGUUUGUGUUUAGCCAAAUGUAAGAUACAACAAUUGGGACUUCAGAAAGCAGAAUAGAAAAUUUCAUUUUCAAAUGGAAUGGAUAAAUAAAUAAAUAAAAUAUUCAAAAGACAAAAACGGACUUAAAGUAAAUGGUCUGGGAAAGAAGGUUGAUGUGAUCCUGUGAUGAACAGAAUGGGAAGCAGUGAGUGGAAGCAGGGACAUGAGCAUGGUAUCAGGUAUCAGGUAUCAGGCGUCCCAUCAGGUCUCCUCAGAAUAUUCUGCAUUUUGUUCAAGAAACAUUUUGGAGAUCUAAUAUUUUAUGUGGGAGCCGCAAAAAUGUUUUGAGGUAGUAGCAACGAGAUUUAUCCAGGAUUAAGGAAUUAAAAUUAUGAAUUUUCUGAAGAGAAAAUUAAAAAGCCCAUAUGACUGCUGGAGAAUAUAUUAUGCUGGGACUUCUCAGCAUGUCUGUCAACAAAGUAAUAUAACAUAACAGCCAGCAGUUCAUUGUAGAUAUAUCCACCUUGUAAAAUGCAAUUUAUUGUAAAUAAAUUUUGGAACAGCUUAACACAAAAGGAAAUACCACUGGUCUGGGACUUUAAUUCACAUUCAAAGCAAAUAAGGCUUAAGCUGUUCAAUUCAACUUUGAAAUUUGUUAGCUUAGCAAUUUUUCAAUUCAUUUCAACUUAAAAGAAUAUUUUCUUACGACUAAUAUGGAUAGUUCUGUUUUAAGAUGACUGUAAUAAAAUUGUGUCCUUUAGAGGUCACAAAAGAACUUCUCCCUGAUGCACAGAUUAGUCAGCUGUAUUCUAUUUUUUCCUUUUUCUCUGAAUUCCUUUGAGGCGAUAUAAAUUUGCCACUGGGAUUUAGUUUUUGGAAUGCACCUGUAGUCUGAAGGAAUAGCGGGAAUUAGCCAGCUGUACUUUGUUCAUGAAAUCAGCUUUAAAGUGAUUGUCAGGCUUGCGGCUGCAGCUCAGCAGAUAAAAGUUUUCAAGGGCAUUUCUCUUCCUAUCCUGCAGCAUAGGACAUCUUGAUGCCUUUCACCUAGCAAUCACUUGCCCUUGGAGAAAAAGAAAAGGGGGGGGGAGGGCAAGAAAAAAUGACUUGAUCCUGGUCUCUGAGUGUUGGAGUAGGUUUGUGGAAAAUUUAGUGGGAAACCCACUAUUUCCAGAAAGACAGUAAAUCAAAAUAGAAAUCCUGGAGGAAGGCUUGAGACCACAGAGCUGUGGUUAUAGGCAGAGAGUUCUAUUAACUUUUCUAUUUAAGUAUACCACAGGAAUCCUCACAUCUCUUGUGGGAUAGAGCUCAAUCUCCUUCCCAUGUGACUCCAUUUAGACUUGGAGCUUUUAGCUGGCUUCAGUCAGUUCUUCUGAGAUAAGAGAGCAGAUAGGUUUGCAUUGCAUUACUUCCACCUUUAGACACAAGGAUACCAAAAUUUACAUUUUGGAAGAAAAUGACCCAGAACUGAUGUAAAUUGAGAUACUGAUUUUCAGGAGGAAUGUGGUCUCUGACAGGGCUGUAAUAGGCACACUAGUACUGCAGUGUGAAGGAUCAAGAGGAGAAACUUGUUUUCUCAAGGUCACAUUACCACAGGUUCCAAUAACAAUAAAAAUAAUAAUAAUAAUAACAAAUUUGAAGAACUAACUAUGCAAUAAAUAAUUUUGUUUUAUUAAAGUGUCAUAAAUAACAGAAAUUGCUGAAUUCAGCUGAGGUGAUCUGGAAAAAGUAGGCAAAGCAUUUUCCUUCGCUGACCUCCAGUUAGUGAUUUGAUUAUAGCUAUAGCUGAAUCUUGAAGAGCCACUCAGUAGAAGUGGCUGAGGAAAGGGGAAUUUCUGCAACAGAUUUUUGUGAGAUCUCAUUGUUUGAGGGAGUGUUGAAUCAAUCCAAAAGAGACAAACAUAGAAUUCUAAUGUCGUUAAAACACACAGCUAUUUACAUACUGCUUCGGUCAAUUUGUUGUUAAUUUUAUUUUUAGUCUGCCUGACAGCAAACCAAACAGUGGCUCACAAGGACAUUCAGUUUACUUUUAAACAAGAGGGAAUGAAAAAGAGACAGCUGUGUCAAAAAGAUGAGCAAGAUAAGCAAAAUAAUUUAGCUGUCCAAAAAUAACACAGAGUUAUAUGACUCUUUGUCCUGUAAGAAUCAAAAUACUAUUGAUGAUUAUACAAUUAUCAUGUUUUUAGUUCAGCAUUUACAUAAAUGGAGGUAUUAUUCAGGUAACAAAGGUUUAAAAAAGAAGGCGUUCUAGGAGUAACUGAAUUUUCUUUAGAUUAAACAGAGUUGAAAUCCUUAAAGCUUAUAUGUAGUGCUCAUAAGCACAAGACAUGGGGCCAUUUAAGCUGUAAGUGAAAUGUGUAUACAAGCCUGACUCUAUAAAGAAAUGUCGUGCUAUAUAAAUAAAUAAUACAAUGCAUAUAGGUCAGCCAAGGACUGACCUCAGAACCUGGGCUUUGCAGGGUAAAACUAACAGCACCCUAAAUCCUCCUGCUCUGGAAGGCUUUCUCCCAACUUACAAAGAUUUGGAAUAUCUGGCAUUUUGGAUCAUUAUCUCUUGGUAUGGAUACAGGUUUCAUGUUUAGGCAAAAGGUUUUUACCUGAAAGACUUGUUUCAUUCUCACUAGUCUUUUUCUCUGGGUUAAUGGAGAAGAACUAAAGGCAGAGUCAUGCUCUGACCUAGAGACCUGUACAUCAUCUGCAUUUAUCCUUUUUAUCCAUUUAACCUUUUUAUCCACUGGAUAAAAAGGCUGAACGGUAACUGUAGUGUGCAUGUUGAAAGUUUGGAUGUGGAAUAUACAUCCUGAAAAGCUCUGAUUAGUGCUCAGUAAGUCCUCUAUUGAAAACAGCUGCAGAUGCCAGAGACACAGGCUUUUUAAGGCAAUUUUGAGCUCUUAUAGAUUGAGCUAUGCUCAAUUAACUAUCAGUCUCCUGGGAUUAAAAGAAAGAAAUCAAAGAGAAUUCAUCUUCUGGCAGCAUCCAAAUGAUGGAUAUAGGAGGAACAGAAUCCAGGAGUAGGAACAUCAUCUUUGAGCACUCAGGGAAAGCAGACUUCGUGAUCUCCAUGCUAACUACCAGCCUGCCUGCUGCCAGUUCUCCCUACUUCUGCCAGUGAUGACAUUCAGCUUGCUCCUCCACACAGGAUACAGCACUGAUUCCUCAUUAUGUAAGGCAGUCUAGGUCAAGUGUAGGAGAGACACUGCUGGCCCGAGCAAGCUAGUGGAUUGUUCUCUCAGCUUCAUGCUUCAUGGGGUCUGGAAGCUGGAUCCUGAUCUUUGCUACAUCUUCUUGGCACAAGAAAUUUGCCAGGUGGACAUCAAGCUCUUUCAGCAUCUCUUCUAAAAUGGAUUUCUUCUCUGCUGCUUGUCUGAGAAUUUUCCUAUGCAGAAGAGUGAAUGCUAAUUAAAAUGUGCAGGAUGAAAAGAUGGAGCAGCCAGUGCUUGUACCACCAGGACCAGACAGCUUCCAAUACUUCACUAGAGAGUCUCUUGCAGCUAUUGAACAACGUAUUGCUGCAGAAAAAGCUAAGAAUUCCAAACAAGAUCGUAAAGACAAUGAUGAUGAAAAUGGGCCAAAGCCAAACAGUGAUUUGGAGGCAGGAAAAACACUUCCAUUUAUAUAUGGCGACAUACCUCCAGGAAUGGUGUCAGAGCCCUUGGAAGACAUGGACCCAUAUUAUAUCAAUAAAAAAACCUUUAUAGUAUUGAAUAAAGGGAAGGCAAUCUUCCGAUUCAGUGCCACCUCUGCCCUGUACAUUUUAACUCCCUUCAAUCCUCUUAGAAAAAUAGCUAUUAAAAUUUUGGUACAUUCAUUAUUCAGCAUGCUUAUCAUGUGCACUAUUUUGACCAACUGCGUAUUUAUGACCAUGAGUAACCCUCCGGACUGGACAAAGAAUGUAGAGUACACGUUCACUGGAAUAUACACGUUUGAGUCACUCAUAAAAAUCAUUGCAAGGGGCUUUUGCUUAGAAGAUUUUACUUUUCUUCGAGAUCCAUGGAACUGGCUUGAUUUCACUGUCAUUACCUUUGCAUAUGUGACAGAGUUUGUGGACCUGGGCAAUGUCUCAGCGUUGAGAACAUUCAGAGUUCUCCGAGCUUUGAAAACAAUAUCAGUCAUUCCAGGUUUGAAGACUAUCGUGGGAGCCCUAAUUCAGUCUGUGAAGAAGCUCUCGGAUGUUAUGAUCCUGACUGUGUUUUGUCUGAGUGUAUUUGCACUAAUAGGGCUGCAGCUGUUCAUGGGCAACUUGAGGAAUAAAUGCCUGCAGUGGCCUCCAGAAAAUUUUACUCUGGAAACAAAUAUUACUUCCCAGCUCAACAGCACCAUUGGUGAAAAUGGGACAUUGGUUAAUUCAACAGUGGCUCCAUUUGACUGGAAGGGGUACAUUGAGGAUGAAAGUCAUUUUUAUUUUCUGGAAGGGCAAAAUGAUGCUCUGCUUUGUGGAAAUAGCUCUGAUGCUGGGCAGUGCCCAGAAGGGUAUACAUGUGUGAAAGCUGGUAGAAACCCCAAUUAUGGCUACACAAGUUUUGACACCUUCAGCUGGGCUUUCUUGUCACUGUUUCGCCUGAUGACCCAAGACUUCUGGGAAAAUCUUUAUCAACUGACUCUACGUGCUGCUGGGAAAACAUACAUGAUAUUUUUUGUUCUGGUGAUUUUUCUGGGCUCAUUCUAUCUGAUUAAUUUGAUUCUGGCUGUGGUUGCCAUGGCCUAUGAAGAGCAGAAUCAAGCAACCAUGGAAGAAGCAGAACAGAAAGAGGCAGAAUUUCAACAGAUGCUGGAACAGCUAAAAAAGCAACAAGAAGCGGCUCAGGCAGCAGCAGUGGCAGCAGCAGCAGUAACAGCAUCUGCCGAGUCCAGGGAGCCCAGUGCUGCAGAAGGAGCUGGUGGGCUCUCAGAAAGUUCCUCAGAGGCAUCCAAAUUGAGCUCAAAGAGUGCGAAAGAGAGAAGAAAUAGAAGGAAAAAAAGAAAACAGAAAGAACAAUCUGGAGGAGAGGAAAAAGAAGAAGAUGAAUUUCACAAGUCUGAAUCGGAAGACAGCAUAAGAAGGAAAGGUUUCCGAUUAUCUAUUGAAGGCAAUAGACUGACAUAUGAAAAGAAAUACUCUUCUCCACAUCAGUCUUUGCUGAGCAUUCGCGGCUCCCUGUUUUCUCCAAGGCGCAACAGCAGAACAAGUCUUUUCAGCUUCAGAGGUAGAGCAAAGGAUAUAGGAUCAGAAAAUGACUUUGCUGAUGAUGAGCACAGCACUUUUGAAGACAACGAUAGCAGAAGAGAUUCUCUCUUUGUGCCGCGCAGACACGGUGAACGGCGCAACAGUAACAUUAGUCAGGCCAGUAGGUCAUCCAGGAUGCUGGCAGUGUUUCCAGUGAACGGGAAGAUGCACAGCACAGUGGAUUGCAAUGGGGUGGUUUCCCUGGUUGGUGGACCAUCUGUUCCUACAUCGCCUGUUGGACAGCUUCUGCCAGAGGUGAUAAUAGAUAAACCAGCUACUGAUGACAAUGGCACCACUACAGAAACUGAAAUAAGGAAAAGAAUAUCAGGCUCUUUCCAUGUUUCUAUGGACUUUCUGGAAGAUCCAGCUUUAAGAGAAAGAGCAAUGAGCAUUGCUAGCAUUCUUACAAACACAGUGGAAGAACUUGAAGAAUCAAGGCAGAAAUGCCCACCAUGUUGGUAUAAAUUUGCAAAUAUUUUCUUGAUCUGGGACUGCAGUCCACAUUGGUUAAAAGUAAAGCAUAUCGUCAACUUAGUGGUAAUGGAUCCAUUUGUUGACUUGGCGAUUACUAUUUGCAUUGUUUUAAAUACACUUUUUAUGGCCAUGGAACAUUAUCCGAUGACUGAUGAAUUCAAUAAUGUACUUUCAGUUGGAAAUCUGGUUUUCACUGGAAUCUUCACAGCAGAAAUGUUUCUCAAGAUAAUUGCAAUGGAUCCUUACUAUUAUUUCCAGGAAGGCUGGAAUAUUUUUGAUGGUUUUAUUGUAACCCUUAGCUUGGUUGAACUUGGUCUUGCAGAUGUGGAAGGACUCUCAGUUCUUCGAUCAUUCAGAUUGUUACGAGUUUUCAAAUUAGCAAAAUCUUGGCCAACACUAAAUAUGCUGAUAAAAAUUAUUGGCAACUCGGUAGGGGCUUUGGGGAAUUUGACCCUGGUGCUGGCCAUCAUUGUGUUCAUUUUUGCUGUGGUUGGGAUGCAGCUGUUUGGGAAAAACUACAAGGAAUGUGUCUGCAAAAUCGCAAGUGACUGUGUACUUCCACGCUGGCACAUGCAAGAUUUUUUUCACUCUUUUUUGAUUGUAUUUCGAGUACUGUGUGGAGAAUGGAUAGAAACAAUGUGGGACUGCAUGGAGGUCGCUGGCCAAGCCAUGUGCCUUACUGUCUUCAUGAUGGUCAUGGUGAUUGGAAACCUAGUGGUACUGAACCUAUUUUUGGCCUUGCUAUUGAGCUCUUUUAGUGCAGACAACCUUGCUGUGACAGAUGAUGAUAAUGAAAUGAAUAAUCUCCAAAUUGCUGUUGCAAGAAUGCAGAAGGGCAUAGAUUAUGUGAAAAGAAAAGCACGCGAAUUCAUCCAAAAAGCUUUUGUUAAAAAGCAAAAAGCUUUAGAUGAAAUCAAACCACUUGAAGAUUUGAACAACAAAAAUAGUUGUGUUUCCAACCAUACAACUGUCGAACUAAGCAAGGACCAUGACUAUAUUAAAGAUGCAAAUGGAACAACUAGUGGCAUAGGCACAGGCAGCAGUGUGGAAAAAUACAUAAUUGACGAAAGUGAUUACAUGUCGUUCAUAAACAACCCAAGCCUGACUGUGACAGUGCCCAUUGCUGUGGGUGAAUCUGACUUUGAAAAUUUAAAUACAGAGGAAUUUAGUAGUGAAUCAGACCUGGAAGAAAGCAAAGAGAAGCUAAAUAUGUCCAGUUCAUCUGAAGGUAGCACAGUUGACAUUGGACUCCCUGCAGAAGAGCAACCAGAAGCUGAACCUGAGGAAGCUAUGGAGCCAGAGGCUUGCUUCACUGAAGGUUGUGUACGGCGUUUCAAGUGCUGUCAAGUAAGUGUAGAAGAAGGGAGAGGAAAGCAGUGGUGGAACCUUAGAAAGACCUGCUUCAGGAUUGUUGAGCACAACUGGUUUGAGACUUUCAUUGUCUUUAUGAUUCUCCUCAGUAGUGGAGCUUUGGCUUUUGAAGAUAUAUAUAUUGAACAGCGUAAAACUAUCAAGACCAUGCUGGAAUAUGCUGAUAAGGUCUUCACUUACAUCUUCAUUCUGGAAAUGCUGCUGAAGUGGGUGGCCUAUGGCUAUCAAACAUACUUUACUAAUGCUUGGUGCUGGCUGGACUUCCUGAUUGUUGAUGUCUCUUUGGUUAGCUUAACAGCAAAUGCAUUGGGUUACUCUGAACUUGGUGCCAUUAAGUCCCUUAGGACACUAAGAGCUUUGAGACCUCUAAGAGCUUUGUCACGAUUUGAAGGCAUGAGGGUGGUUGUGAAUGCCCUUUUAGGAGCAAUUCCAUCCAUCAUGAACGUGCUUCUCGUUUGUCUUAUAUUCUGGCUAAUUUUCAGCAUCAUGGGAGUAAAUCUGUUUGCUGGGAAGUUCUACUACUGUGUUAACACCACAACUGAUGAAAGGUUUGAAGUCGACCAAAUCAACAAUUUUAGUCAGUGCGAGGAACUCAUAAAAAACAAUCAAAGUGCCCGAUGGAAAAACGUGAAAGUAAACUUUGAUAAUGUAGGAUUCGGGUAUCUUUCUUUACUUCAAGUAGCUACAUUUAAAGGCUGGAUGGAUAUUAUGUAUGCAGCUAUUGACUCAAGAGAUGUAUUACAGCAACCCAAGUAUGAAGACAACCUCUAUAUGUAUUUAUAUUUUGUCAUCUUUAUCAUCUUUGGGUCAUUUUUCACGCUGAACCUGUUCAUUGGUGUCAUUAUUGAUAACUUCAAUCAGCAAAAAAAGAAGUUUGGAGGUCAAGACAUAUUUAUGACAGAAGAGCAGAAGAAAUACUACAAUGCAAUGAAAAAGUUGGGAUCCAAAAAACCACAAAAACCUAUACCAAGACCAGGGAACAAAUUCCAAGGCAUGGUCUUUGAUUUUGUGACACAACAAGCAUUUGACAUCAGCAUCAUGAUUCUUAUCUGUCUUAACAUGGUUACCAUGAUGGUAGAAACUGAUGACCAGAGUAAAGAAAUGGAAAAUAUUUUAUACUGGAUAAACCUGGUAUUUAUUGUCCUUUUCACUGGAGAAUGUGUCCUGAAAUUAAUUUCACUCCGACAUUAUUAUUUCACUAUAGGCUGGAACAUUUUUGAUUUUGUAGUUGUCAUUCUCUCAAUAGUAGGUAUGUUCUUAGCUGAGAUGAUUGAGAAAUAUUUUGUGUCCCCCACUUUGUUCCGAGUCAUCCGACUUGCCAGAAUAGGUCGAAUCCUGCGUCUCAUUAAAGGCGCUAAGGGAAUCCGCACUCUGCUCUUUGCUUUGAUGAUGUCUCUUCCUGCUUUGUUCAACAUUGGCCUGCUGCUGUUCCUGGUCAUGUUUAUCUAUGCGAUAUUUGGCAUGUCCAACUUUGCCUAUGUUAAGAGGGAAGCUGGGAUUGAUGACAUGUUCAACUUUGAAACAUUUGGCAACAGCAUGAUCUGCCUAUUUCAAAUCACCACAUCUGCUGGCUGGGACGGUUUGUUAGCCCCAAUUCUGAACAGUGGGAAGCCAGACUGUGACCCUGAGAAACCUCAUCCAGGGAGCUCUGUUAAAGGAGACUGCGGCAACCCUUCCGUUGGGAUUUUCUUCUUUGUCAGCUACAUCAUCAUAUCCUUUCUGGUAGUGGUGAACAUGUACAUUGCUGUGAUUCUGGAGAACUUUGGUGUUGCCACUGAAGAAAGUGCUGAGCCUCUGAGUGAGGAUGACUUUGAGAUGUUCUAUGAAGUCUGGGAGAAGUUUGAUCCAGAUGCAACACAAUUUAUGGAAUUUGAGAAACUGUCUGAUUUUGCAGCAGCACUUGAUCCACCUCUUCACCUACCCAAACCAAACAAAGUCCAGCUUAUUGCAAUGGAUCUGCCCAUGGUAAGCGGUGACAGAAUUCACUGCCUUGACAUCUUGUUUGCUUUCACAAAGCGUGUCUUGGGGGAAAGUGGGGAGAUGGAUGCCCUCAGAAUACAAAUGGAAGACCGAUUUAUGGCAUCAAACCCUUCAAAAGCUUCCUAUGAACCAAUUACAACAACAUUAAAAAGAAAACAAGAAGAAGUAUCUGCUGUCAUUAUUCAGCGUGCUUACAGACGUCACCUUUUAAAACGAACAGUAAAACAAGCUUCCUUUAUCUAUAACAAAAACAAAAUGGAAGGAGGAGCUGGUCAGGGUAUGAAAGAUGAAACCCUUAUUGACAAGUUAAAUGAAAACUCAUUUACAGAGAAAACUGAUAUAACCGCAUCAACAGCAGUUUGUCCACCUUCUUAUGAUCGUGUAACAAGGCUAGUCAAAGAAAAGCAUGAAAAGGAAGACAAAGAUGUUCAGAAAUAAAAAUAAAUAGCAAGCAAAAUAAUCUAUGUACAAAACAGUUCAUAGCCUGUAAGGGUAUUGUGUUUGUGUCAACAGGACUCCUGCUGGAGGUCUAUGCCAAACUGACAAUUUUUACAAAUAUACUGUACAUUAAAGGUCAGUGCCUAUUAAAAGACAGUGACCCCUCGUCAGUAACUGUGACCAUGACAUGGGGAAACAACCUUGACAGGAGGUUACUGUUCUCACUACCAGCUGACACUGCUGAAGAGGAGAGAAAAAAUGGCUACUCAGACUGUAGGGACCAGCUAAAGGGGUGCAAACCAAGUAGUUGUGUGUUUAGCAUAAAACAAUACAAUAACUAUAUCCACUGUUUGCAUUUCAACUGCCACAUAUGUCAUAUUUUUACAAAUCUCUGUUGGUGGAUUCAUCUUUUUUUUAUUCAUAUGUUGUGACUAUUUUUGUAAAUGGGGCUUCUGUUGGGGAAGGAGGUCAAGCACUACUUUACAGGUAUAAGAGCCAGGUGUUCUACUAUGCGACUAAUAUAAACACAGAAAUGAUUUGCAUGAAGGCAUGCUGCACUUAUAGAUCAUGCAUGAAAAUAACAUUAAGUCACAAAGAACAACUGAUUUUAGCUCAGUGUUUCUGGAAAGGAAUAAUAAAUUCUGAGGUGCUUAAUUAAUGUAUUCAUGUUGUAUCACAUCCAAACCAGUCUUGGUAUGCCUGUAAAGUCCCCUGUAACUCACAAGAACAGUAAAUCCAUAUUUUUUUAUUACUUUUUUUUUUGCACAGACCAUUAAGUUUCAGACAAUGCAAACUUCUUUCUAGGUCUGGAGUCACAGAUUCUGUAUUUGUCAAAUGUCCGUCUGCAUACAAAAUGAACCUGCCCUCAAAUCGCCAAAAUAAUAAGAAAGAGCCCUUUGUAACGUUGUUCUGCUUUAUCCUGCAGUAUUGUUUAGCCAUCUUCAGCUCUCAGUAAGGCUGAUGUUGUGUAUGUUAAAGAAAAGCCCUCUGCUAUGUAAAUAGUAAUUUUUAACCUGUGGUGCAUGUUUGAGCAAACAGAUAAUGAUGACCUGAGCACAUUUAUUGCAUCAAAUAUGUACCACAAUAAGUGUAGCCUGCAAGCUUUCAACAGGUUAAACUACGUAUUAUCUACCAUUAUAGAUAGUUUGGAUGCUAUCAGUGCAUGUUUAUAUUGCCUAUGCUGCUGUUCCUUUGACUGUCCAGGAUUCUUAAAUAUGGGAAGCCAUACAUCAGAACUAAAUGAAAUAAACUAUUCAAUGAGACCUCAUUCCUCCAUACCAUUAAGCAAUAUUUUGCAGCUGUUUAGGAGCUUAUUUGGUUUACAUUUUUGAAUUUUCAGUGAAAAGCAUAUAGUGUAUAUCCAAACUGUACAGAUGUUUAAAAAUACUAAACCUGUUGAAAAUAAUAUUAGAAUUUUAUAAGCAAAUAUAAAUACUGUAAAAAUCAUUUUAUUUUAUUUUUCAGCAUUAUGUACAUAAAACAAGAACUGAAUUUUAUCUUCAGGUUGAUGGCACACCAUUUUAUUUUUACUUUCUGUUGAUACCACUUUUCCACAGAAGAACUCCAGAGAACAAGAUGUGACUAAGAAAACAGAUAGCUGUCUUAUUUUUUUACUGUAUUUGAAAACAUGUCAAUACUUUCUGCAAAAUAAGUUCAUAAUUUGCUUUUAAAACUCUAAGUUGUUUUUUGUUGUUGUUGUUGUUGUUGUUUUUUUUGAGUUGAAAAGAGAUGUGAAGUUUUAAUUGAAUGUCUAAGCAGUGCCUGCAUCACAAGUUUUCAGAUACACUAUUCCUUUCACAGAAUCUUUUUUUUCCUCAUAUUUACUCACCUAUGUUUUUAUUAUUAUUAUUCACACUGCACUAGAACAGUUCUAAAUGUUAUAUUGGGUCCACAGUAUUUUUUCACAAAGAGAAAGUAGCAAAAUUGUAUAAUCAAACACAUCAGGACAUUUUAUGUUUCUUACACAGGAAAAUUAAAUAUAGAUUACUUUUACUAAGAUUAUUGACUAAUACUAUAUUAGUGAACUGCAUGCAGGAAAAUGCUACUAUUACCCUAACUGAUGCUAAAUAACAUCAUUAAUGCGCCAAAAUAAUAAAGAUUACAUUUUUUUAUUGUA